AGUAAAAGUGGACUGCAGUGGCCCCGCCCACUCGGGUGCUGACAGCCGCGACCAUACAAGCGCGCGCACGCAUGCACACAGGCGCGCGCACCAACACAAGAGUGAGUACGCGGUGAGGAAGCUCGCUCAUAAACAGAAUUCUGACGAUGAUUCAGUUGAGAACCCGGACAUGUUUGUUGCUUGGAGGUCUGAGUGUGUUGGUCAUCCACUUCCUUUUGGAUCUUAUAGACCAAAAGAACAUUGGCCUCCAAUCAGGAGUGAAAGAGGGUCACAAUGGCAUUCUGGAGACCACCAUCCAAAGCGAAACCUUCUGGGAAAAUCAAGUUUGUCAUCAAAACACAUCGGUAGCCAACAUGACAGGCUUCGCCGCUCUUCCUGGUAAUAUUCAAGACUUUCUGUCCUAUCGCCACUGUCGCCAUUUUCCUAUGCUACUGGACGUUCCUGAUAAAUGUGGCGGAGUUGCGCAAUCAGGAGAUGUUUUCCUCCUAUUGGCCAUUAAAAGCUCUCCUGGAAACUACGAGCGGCGAGAGGUGUUGCGCAAGACCUGGGCGAAGGAGAGAUUACACAACGGGGUUUGGAUCAGAAGGAUCUUCCUCUCGGGUACCGCCAAUCGAGGCUUUGAGAAGAUGAGACUGAACAAGCUCCUCCAAGCAGAGCAACGCGAGAACAAAGACAUCGUCCAGUGGGAUUUUGCCGACUCCUUUUACAACCUCACCUUGAAGCAACUGCUCUUCCUGGAAUGGAUGGAAAGAAACUGUCCAAACGCUCGCUUUAUGUUAAACGGCGACGACGACGUUUUUGCCAACACCGACAACAUGGUGGAGUUCCUCCAGAGUCUUAAAGACAACGACGGAGGUAAACAUCUCUUCACCGGUCACCUGAUCUACAACGUCGGACCCAUUCGCUCGCCCGGGAGCAAAUAUUACAUCCCGGUUCAGGUGCAGGAGUCGGACUCGUACCCCCCCUAUUGCGGAGGCGGGGGAUUCUUGCUGUCAGGCUACACAGCUUCCACCAUCCUCAAGAUGUCCCGUUCCAUCACUCUCCUUCCCAUCGAUGACGUUUACAUGGGGAUGUGUCUGAAGAAAGCGGGACUUGCACCGAGCUCGCACAUGGGGGUGAAGACAGCAGGACUGCGCAUCCCCGCCAAAAAUGUAGACACGUACGAUCCUUGCUAUUAUAAAGAAAUGCUGCUGGUCCAUCGAUUCCUCCCGGCUCAGAUGUACCUCAUGUGGCAUCGAAUACACGACCGGACGCUUAAAUGCACUUCGGCAGAUGUGACUGUCAGGUGAAAGCAGAGAUUGUGACGUUUGUUGCUUGGAUUCGAGCGGAGUUUAAUGGCGGCACGGUCCGCAUGCGGCCAGGCGGUGGGACACACGCACAACGCGGGACGUCGUGUGGAGGAUCAGCCGGGGUCACCAGAAGGAAUCAGUUCAACCUCUUUUCAUGAGAAAUAAUUGCCUUUUAUGUCCAGCAACAUGAAUCCUUGCUUGAUUACAAUCCCAAGGUUAAGAAGAGAUGUCAAAAAGGUCAAAUUUGAAGACCUUUUAUUUUUUAAGAUACUGAUAUUUUGUAUUUAUGAAAACGAAUAUUUUAGUGGAUUAAAAAAGGUUGAAAAACAUGGUCAAAAUAAUUCAAAUCAUAUCACAGGACUCUUGAGGAUGUAAAUGAUCGGAGGGCCAGUUUAAAGAAUAGCAAUGACGUCAAAGUGUGUGCAGGGGUAAACAAACUAUUUCCUUGUUCCACUUUUUUAACGGUACCAAAAGCUGCCUAAAAUUGCGCGGGGGGGGGGGG